CCGCGUCUUCUGCCUUUCCAGCGACUUCCAAGUCUGCUGAACGUCUCUCUUUGGUCUCCAGGUUUGUGUCUGUGCAUAUUUUGGUCUGUUUCUGUCAACGGACUUGCGUCUCCGACUGCGCAGCAACGGGGUCGGCGAACCUUCUGUAACGCGAAGCACAUCUCGCGGUGGACUUUGUCGCUUGAAUCCGGUAAGAACCCCCCAGAUUUGACCAUCGUUCAGUCGCUCGUUUCGUUUUCGUCUCUUUAUUCGUUUCCGAAGCGUAUCAUCUCAAUUCUCCACAUAAGGCCUUUUCAUUUCGCUAGAGCCUAGUCGACCCAGCAGCCGAGUUCCGGGACUUCCGCCGGCGGCGGGGUCCUUUCCUCCCCGCGAUGGGUUUCUGAGUCCAGGCAGUUCCCACUACCGCGUCGCGCCUUUUGUUUGUGUCGGCCUGAGUGCCACGAAUCUCGCCUGUGUCUCGCGUCCCGCGGGAGUCAAGCUCUCCCCUGCCAAUUCACCAAGCGUCCUCUCUGCUCUCCGACGACGCUCCCCGCACCAACUCGCCGGCCUCCCGAGACGCGAGGCGCCGCUUCGAGGCUCAUGCCGCACAGCGCCAUGUCCCUCUUCUUCCUUCCCUUCUGUUGGACUCAACAGCUGCACGAUGACUGACGCCGUUUCUUCCGACACCGGCGAGUCAGCCGACAGGGGGGCCAGCUCUGCGACUGAGGGCGGAGACGGCAAGGCCGAUGGAUCGCCUCUCCACGCCCAGGACGUAUCCGAUUCAUCUCGGCUUUCUGCCUGCUUCGCUUCCUUCUCGCCGGGUGAGCCUCCAGCUCGCUCUUCCCCUCUCGACCGCAACGGCUCGGUGGCUGUCGUGGACUUCCUCGAGUCGGCUGGCGUCCGAAACCCCGCGUCUGUGGCCAUUGCGCUGCGAACUACGUUGGGUGUCUUUACAGUCGAGGACCUCCUCUUGGCAGUCUUCUUCGACGUGGACGAGGAGACGCUCUCGGCGUCCUGCGUGGGCGCCGAGGCUGCCUGCCCCGGCCUCCGGCCCCAAACGCUGUCGCGCUUCUCUCGCUUUCUCUCGAGUCUCUCUCAGUUCCAGGAGCGGCGCGACAGCGGGCAUCAGACGGCAUCGAGUCUGUCCUCGCUGUCGGGAAGUCCUUCGCCUCGCUCGAACUCGACUCGGGUCCUCAGAGGCGACUCUGCAUCUGCGUGUCUCGUCCCCACUGUCUCCGCGUCCACAGCCUCAGUGUCUGGAGACUCAGGCGACGCGGCGUCUCUCUGUCUCUUUCCUGCAUCUGAAAACAGGAGCCGCGUCGCCUCGCAAGCCUCAUUGGAGAGGAGGGAGCUCCCUGACUCGGUCGGCUCUUCACCUGCUACUCUUCUCCAAGAAGCAGCGAAGCAGCUCGCCUCCGAGGGUCUCCAGCCGACGUUCGCUCAGGAGCGUCACUUGGACCUCUCGGCCGCUGUGCCAGGGCGGAAGGCGACUGCAUGCGAGGCUGGGGAGCGGCUGCGGCCGCGGUGUACAGCCCCGCAAGAGACGAAGGACGCAGACCGCUCCGCAGACAGCCAGGGAGAAGAAGUCUGCUCGUGCUGCAGGAGCCCCCUUUUCCUCGAAGACGGAUCGACCGAGUGUCUCUGUCGCUAUGUUCGCAGCCGCAACAUGGAGCGGCUCUCCGACGUCUCUGAGGAAGAGAAGAGAGAGAUGGUUCUCCGGCUCGUCGCCUUCGCGAAGGAACAUCUCAGCGAAAUCGAGUUCGCGUUGCUUCCGUACAGCGUCAGAGCGGCGACUAGAAAACUGAAACACCGUGGCAUCUCCUCCUUCGCGCGCAUCGCCUCUGUGUGCCUCACGGGUGUGGACCCUUUCCUCCAACCUGCUUCUUCUUCCUCUGCUUCUUCCUCUUUGGCUUCUUCUUCCUCCUCUGCUUCCUCUUCGGCUUCUUCUUCCUCCUCUUCUUCCUCUUCGUCUUCUGCUUCCUCUGCUUCCUCUUCGUAUUCGUCUCCUUCUCCCUCUUCUUCUUCUUGUACUUCUUCUCCUUCUCUCUCUUCGUCGUUCCUUCCCGUUGGGCGUCGUCCGAAAGACUGGCUGAGAGAAGAGGGGGGCCUCUCUUCGCAGGAGGCCUCUCAUGUUUUCAAGGCUACUCGCCAGGUCGCUGCAGACCGUAUCCGCUUUCGCUUCGCCUCGGCCUUUUCCUCGUACUCGCCUCGGGAUCUCCUCGGCCGCGUCGACAAAGACAUUAAACAAAUCGCCGACAGAGUGUAUUCGUCGGUGCAAUUUGAUCGCUGGGUGUUUGACAACGUGAUCGACACUCCGUACGUCCAGCGACUGCGCCAGCUGAAACAGCUGGGGGCAUGCAUGGUUGUUUUUCCUUCUGCAACUCACACGCGCUUCGAGCACUCUUUGGGGGUUGGGUAUUUGGCUCGCACCUUUUUCUCCAAAUUGGCUCUGAAGCUCGGCUUCUCCACCUCGCCUGGUUGCUCCGCAGGGCUUCCCGGGUGUAUAGACACCUCGGCGUGCUGCUGCGCGCUGGCGCUUCCGCCCUCCUGGAGCCGCGCCUCAGCCUUUCCGUUCAUCGCGAAGAAGGCUGUUCGGCCUCGAGACCCACAGCUGGACGUCGAGCGCGAGGAAGGUCUUCCGGCGUCCUUCUCCGGGCGGCAAACUCUCUCCUCCUCCGCGUCGGCGGCUUCUCGCUGCGGCUCCGACUCGACGCCUUUCCCGCAGACUUGGGUGGCUGGGGCGUCUGCGGAGUUCCCCGCCUUCGCCUCGCCCUCCUCCAGUUCGCUUCUGAGUGCAGCUCUGGACGGCGCGGAGGCAGGCUGUUGCUCGCACUGCGGGAGCUUCGUGCUCAGCGACGCGUUUGCUCCGAACAUCUUUGGACAGACUUGGCGUUCGCAGGGGAGGGAAGUCGCUCGGCUCGCGAACUGCGUGGAAAUCGCCGGACUCUGCCACGACCUCGGCCAUGGGCCGUUCAGUCACUCCUUCGAAGGCGGCUUCGUCAACCAUCCCGAGAUCCGCGGCAAAAACGGUGGUAGCUGCCUUCUCACCGCGCCGCUGUGGUCGCAUGAGCAAAUGUCUCUCCAGAUGGUCGAGAAAGUCUUCGCACCUUUGACGGACGUUGGCGAGAGAGAAGUCGACGAGGAAGACCUGGAAAUGGUCAGAAACAUGAUCGCAGGCGUCCCCCCGGAGUGGAUGCGGCGCUCCGCCACCGGCUUGGAUCCCCUCGACUCACUCACUCGAGCCAGCUUCGACAUCGUGGCGAACAAGCGCAACGGACUCGACGUCGAUCGCUUUGACUACUGUCGGCGAGACGCGGCCAUUCUGCCGCCGUCUAAUCCGCUGCCGUCUGCGGCGGUGAAUCGCCUGCUGGACUACAGCAGCGUGAUCGACAGCGAAAUCUGUUUCAACAUCAAGGAGUUGCACACCGUCUUCAACCUCUUCUACACUCGCUUCUCCCUCUUCAAGACAGUCUACACACACCGCAUGGUCAAAGCCAUGGAGCUCAUGCUCUGCGAGGCCUUCCGCCGCGCAGACCCAACUUUCCUCUGGAGCGAUAAAAUUCACUCGCCGGAUGAGUUUCUCGAACUCACGGACGAGAGACUUCUGUACGACGUUCGCGCCCAUCCACUUUUUUCCGGGCGCUCAAAAUUCACGACUGACUUGGACGACGAAGAACGAGAAAAUCUUACGGAGGCGAAGCGCCUCAUCGACUUGGUCACGCGAAACCGAAAGUCUGCAGACAUCUACAGAUUCGCCGGCGAAGUCCCUCUACAGGAAUGCGACAGCCACAAACUGCGAGAGUUAGAGGCCCUCGCUACACCGGAAACCAUUGUUCAGCAUGCUCCCUGCAACCCACCGGGUCUCCCGGGAGUCGCCUCCGACAGCAGCCGUCUGAAGGCACAAGACCUCAUCGUCGACUGGAACACGAACCACUACGGACAAGGGCAGGAAGACCCUCUGCAGUGCGUGAGGUUCUACAGCCCCGACAACGAAGACGUAUCCUUCCUUGCAUGCGACGAAACGCGCAGACUGUAUCCCAAGUCUUUCCAAGAAAGAUACCUGCGCAUGUACUGUAAAGACAGCCGAAAACUGGAAGUGGCGAAGGCCGCUUUCCAAACCUUCUGCCGACACUACGGACUGACCAGACAGUUCGAUGCGUCUGCGGUUCCGACGAUCACUCAGCCGUGGAGCUGGACUCGAGGUGGCGGAGCGCUCUGUUCUCUCGUUCGGCGCUCUGUCUCUCGGCGGCGCUCCUCCGUCUCUUCUUCUGUGCGUCGUGGGAGCUUCUCAACGGAGUACGAUGCGCCGGCGCGGACUCUCGACUGUCCUGCCCACCCCUGGGCCACAGCAGGCUGGUGUACGUCCAGCCGCGCGCCCGGCGUCGACUGCAGCCGAAGCAUCGCGAGCUUCUCGCCUUCUCGCUCUUCCUCGCUGCACAGCCCAGACAGGUCGCCAGCCUGGCGUGCCUGUGGCUCUUUGCCGCGUCUGCAGAUCCGUCGACAGGCGCAUGAAUUCAUUUAUUUCCGUCCAUCAGCUGCCGCGCGAGCAGGCGAACUCCGCGAGGGAUUUCCGGCGUCGCAUGCGCGGCGACACACGGGGCUCGGACCCGACGCUACGCGAGACGAAGACAGUUCUCCGCUCAGGGCAGACACGGUCAGGAGAGGCGAGGCGGAAGGAGUCGACAGUGGCGAGAGCCAGGGCGGGGCUGCGACCUGGCAAGGUCCCCACCUCCGCGGCGGUGUACGUACACCUGAAGACGCCAGGGUGAAAAGGCAGAAACUGUUAGGGGACAAGCAGGGAGCGUGAGGGAGGAGGGUAUUCUUGUUGUUUGGUAGAGAGCGGCGUGAGAGAAGGGGAGAAGCUGCGUUUUUACCUGUGAACGUAGGAAGAGCAGACGCGCGGGGGAGAGUCGUGACAGUGCUAUCAAGGAGGUGAGGCGGAGCGAGACCGGGCGACUCGGUGGAAGCGAAGAGACUGAGGACGAGGAGGGCCCUAGAGAGAAGAGGAAAGGGACACAAGGGGGUUGAGGUUCCUCGGUUGAGGGGGGAGAACGAAAAACCGAGUGAUUUGUAGGCUGAGGACGGCGACAGAGAAGGAGGGAAAUACGAGGAAGACGGGGAGGAAACAGAGAGGAAGAAAGCUCACGAGAACGGGAGAAGCCGAGAAAACCGUCAGGAGGUGUGAAGUGAAAUUGGUCCAGAGGGACAUCUCUCCACGAAGGCGGAAAUGUGGAGGAAAAUGAAGCUACGAGAGAAGAGGAGGUUACCGUUUACUUUAAAAAAAAACACAGGGGAGAAAGGGGAGUUUACCAUUGGUUUGCGGGGACUGAAGACGGGGGGGGGGCCUUUGUCUCGCUUUGUUCGUUCGAGGAAGAGAAGAGAAAACAAAGGUGCAUCUUAAGGUGAAGACGACGCCGAUCUUAAGAUGUGGAUUGUAGAGACAAAAUGCGCUAAACAGCAGCUUCCGUUGUGUUUAUGCGACAGAUCCUUUGCUGUGUUCUACUCACUCUCUCGACUUGAGAGGAGUGCCUGCUACCCUCUCAGCUCUUACCGCCUUUCUUUGCCUCUCUCUUCGUGUGAGCUUCUUCUCAUGGGGUCUGAAUGUCUCGCUUUCUCUCGCAUAUAGUCUCUCUAUCCUCUCUCUUUCUCUUUCUCUCCCAAAUCUUCUGUUGCCUCUCUCUCCCUCCCGAGUGUUCCCCCUUCCAGUACCCUUUUCGUUUUUUUCCAAUUCUCUCCCUGUUUCCGCCUCUCGUUUCUCUCUCCCUCCUCAGUGCACUUGCUCUCUGUCUCAGGCUUCUUCCUUUCCUCGUCCUUCCUGGGUGCCCUCGUUGUUCUUCCUUCCUCUUAGGAACGGAGUACCGCAUGCGAGGAACUGUCUCCAAUCUUACCAAAUCAUGUCG